CGCACCACCACCGCAUAUUCACUCACUGUCACGGACUCUUCUCCUUCUCUCUCCACCGCCUCCGGGAAAUGUGAAAUUGAAUUCGCGGAGGCGAUUAGGGUUUUUCGGUAACGAUUUUGAGGAAGAAUGCCGUUGACGCGGUACCAGAUACGGAACGAGUACGGCUUGGCCGAUCCGGAGCUCUACAAAGCCGCCGAUAGAGAUGAUCCGGAGGCGUUACUGGAAGGCGUCGCCAUGGCCGGACUCGUCGGCGUCUUGCGUCAGCUCGGCGACCUUGCCGAGUUUGCUGCUGAGAUAUUUCAUGACUUGCAUGAAGAUGUCAUGGCAACAGCUACAAGAGGCCAUGGUCUAAUGGUUCGUGUCCAACAGCUUGAAGCAGAUUUUCCUUCGAUUGAGAAGGCCCUUCUAUCUCAGACUAAUCAUUCGUCGUUCUUUUCAAAUACAGGUGUUGACUGGCAUCCUAAUCUGCAUUCCAAACAGAAUGUGAUCACCCAUGGAGACUUACCUCGCUUUGUAAUGGAUUCUUAUGAAGAAUGCCGUGCUCCUCCUCAGUUAUUCCUUCUCGACAAGUUUGAUGUUGCUGGGGCUGGGGCAUGUUUGAAGCGAUACACUGAUCCGUCAUUCUUUAAAGUGGAAUCAGCUUACUCAUUAACAUCAACAGAUAUGCAGAGAGAAAGAAAGAUCCGUAAAGUAAAGCACAAGAAAGGAUCUCGCUGGAGGAAUGGUGAAACCACAGAAGUUUUACUGCCAUCACAUGCUAAAUUACAUGAGUUAUUUCUGGAGGAGCGCAUUGAAAAUGCUUACAGUGACCCUGCUCGUCGUGUGAAGUUAAAGAGAAGACAUUUGAAUGGAUCUGCAAUUGAUUCAAGAACCAGGAAAAGUUACAUGGAUAAAUUUGUGGACACUCAUUCACCAGAGCGUAAACUGAUUUGUGCAACUUCUGUUACUUCCCCGCUCUUGAAUUUUAGCUCAGAUAAUAAGAAUGAGUCGGGGCUUAGAAUACUUGACAUUAGUAUUGUGAGUCCUGCAGAAAAGUCCUCUGAAAGGGGUAGUUCUAGUUCUUCAACUAAUGACCAAGAAGUCGUAUCAAAACAGUCGAUGGAAGUUUUGAGCGGGGGCUCUUUCUAUGGAGAAGUUGCAAAGGUAUCUGAACCAAAUUCUGAUGGCAAAAGUGACAACAGCUAUUCCAACCUCCAAAUGGUAGCAGUUGAGAAGGAAUUAGAAGUUGAUGGAGAAGACAAAACUGAAGACAGUGUAGAGGGCUACAUUUCUGAUGAUUUGCCCAGUGAGGUGGAUAAUUAUGUGGAUGCUCUUGCUACUAUGGAGUCAGAAAUGGAUACCGACAAUGAGUCCAGAAGUAAGAGCAAUAUACGCUUAAUGAAGGUUGACAAAUGCAGGACAGACUCUGAUGCAAAUGAGGAGGAACAGGUAUAUCUUCAAGCUCGGUCUUUGGAUUCUCAAUCACCUGAGAAUUCUUCUUUGCCAGAUGACUGGAAUAAUUCAUUUGAAAGAGAUAGAGCCAGUUUGAACUCUGAUUCUUUAAGCAGUUUGGUUGAGAAUACACCCUCAGAAUGUAAUGCAGCAGCUAUAGAAUUCCCAUCCACUGAACCUUGUGGAUCUGAGGAUGCAUGCUUUGAGGAAGGCAUGAGCCCUGAUAGUGAAGAUAUAUCUUGCAAUAAGUUGGCUAGGGAAAUGGAUCCUACACAAGAACAUCCAGACUGUGGAGCAAACUCACCUGUGGCUUCAUAUGUGGAACCUUUAUCAGAUGAAACAUCUUCUGAUAAAAUGAAAGUUGGUUCUGGAUCAUAUGACAUCAAAGAAAAUGGGACAAAUCUGAAUCACUUCAUAGCAGUUGUUUCCAAUGAUUCUUCUCAGGCUAAGUAUGAUUUCACGAAGACUUCCACACUUCGUCCAGAUGAAGAAGGUGUAGUUAGCGCUUCUGAUGAUUUACACCAAUUGAAAAAUGGUGAACCAUUGGCUUCUAUAAAUCACAGUGGCAAUGAAUCUGUGAAUGAAGUGUUUCUGGCACAAUGUGAUGAUGAAGAUGCUGUCAGGAGCUCCACCAGUAGAAAAAUUGAUUCACCACAUUUAAGUAUUCCAUCCACAGAAGAACAGCUCUUUCCUUCAGCAAUGAAAGAAGUACGAACAUCUUUGGGUAGUACAUUACCGCCUCAUAGAUUAGAUGUUGCAAAGCCUGUUAACAGGGUUUCUCAUGUAGAUGAUCCUGUUAAACCAACUGCAUUCAAAACUGGAGUUAUACCGUGGAGACGUAUCUCAAGAGAGACAUUUCCUGAAGGGGACGCUCCACACACUCAUGACCUAAUAGAGCAGAAGGAUAAUCCACAGACACAUGUUGUAGAUGAGCAGAAGGAUGCUCCACAGACUCAUGUCCUAUUUGACCACAAAAUCUCUGGUUUCAAUGAGGAUAUGCCUCACUGUGAAGAUAAAUUUAACACUGAAGAGCAGAAGGAUGAUCCACAGACUUAUGGCCAAAUAGAGCAGAAGGAUGCUCCACAGACACAUGUCCUAAUCAACCAGAAAAUCUCUGAUAUUGAUGACGUUAUGACUCAUGAUGAAGAGAAAUUUAACGUUGAAGAGAGAUCUAAGACUCUGGAUGAUGUGGAGAUAGGCUUAUUGUCCAGCAAUGUUAAUUCAGAGGGAGGAGAUUCUGCUUCUAUAGAAAUUCCAUCGAACACUCCAACUUAUUCAGAGCAUGGGGAUCAUGUACUUUCAGCCAAUAUAGAACCUGCAACAGUUUAUAUAGAAGACAUGGCUGCAUCCUCUGCUGCUGUGGCCAAAUCCGAUGAUGUCAAUGAUUUUAUUGAUACAUCUCCUGGCACCAGAAAUCUUGAUGAAGAGGAAGGACCUUCUGUUUCUACAGACCUUCCGUCAACUUCUCCAACUUAUUCAGGCAUUGGGAAUCUUGUAAUUUCAGACAAUAAAUUGCCUGAAACAGUUCAUACAGAAGAUGUGGCUGUGUAUUCUGCUGCUGUUGCUAAAUCUGUUGAUGCCGAUGAUAUUGAAAAAUCUCCAUUGAAUUUUAUGAAAUACCCAAGAGAAUCUGAAGAUGAGGUCGCUUCUCCAAAAUCCGUGACAGACUCAGAAGUGCAGAAGAAAGAAAGUGAAGUUAUUCUGCCAGUGUCAGAUUCAGAUUCAGACCCAAAGAAAUCAGUUUCUCAUGGUCCUUCGAGUUCAGAGGUAUUUGAUGAUCAUAACUUCUCCCCGGAUGUGCAGAAUGAAAGUGGCAUGGCUGUCUAUGAUGUCCCUACAGCCUCAUCAUUUUUGGAAAUGAGCAAUCAGGAGUCACAGUCACAAUAUCUUUAUCAGAGUUGUGGAGAGUAUCCUGUGUCAUUAUCUAUGCAUGCCCUUCCAGAAACUGACCUCCAAGAAGCUGAGAGGAAAUUAGAAACUUUGUUGGAGUUGCAAGCUAAUCAAGUUCAAAUGGAGAACUUGGAAAGAGACAGAAGAAGUGAUCAGCUAGAAGCUGCCGUGGAGCAGUCAACGGAGUUGCAAGCUAAUCAAGUUCAAGUGGAGAAUUUGGAAAUAGACAGAAGUGAUCAGCUAUUAGCUGCCUUAGAGCAGUCACCGGAGUUGCAGUCUAGUCAAAAGGGCAUGGAAGAUUCACAAGACGAUCAAGCUGGUACUAACUUAUCAAAUUCUCAAUAUGCACAGAUUGGGUCUCGAAGUCACCCAGAUAAGGAGAUAUCCAAACUAUCAUCCGUGGAUCAUAUCAAUCAAGAGACAUGCUUGGAUGACUCCCGUAAAUCUUUGCCUGAAACUCUUCCAAGUCAACCUCCAACUUCAGAGUUAUUUACAAAAUCAGCCGGCCAGGAAACAGAUAUUUUAAAGCAAAACAUGGAGCCAUUAGAGUAUAUUCUUUCUAACUUAGUCCAGCCACCUGUGGUCAAUCUUGAGGACACGCCGCCAUUGCCGCCCCUACCACCUAUGCAGUGGAGGUUGGGAAAGAUGCAAUAUGCUUCAAUAGCGUCACCUGGAGAUUUGGGUGGACUUAGCAAUGAUUCGUCUUUCCCAACGAUGCACUCACUGAAAGCUGACGAGAAACCUCAAUUUGAUCCACCAGCACCACAGAGGGAGCUAUUGCAACCUCGGAACCCAUUUUUAUCUCUCACAGCAGAAGAUAUGGAGUCCCAACCUGGUAUUGGACCUUUGGUGGUCCAUGUUGUGUCUCCCACCCCAUAUCCACAAGUAUGGACCGAUAAUGAUUCUAAUCAUCAGUACAAUUUCCCUGAUUUUGGGGGAAUGCAAUUAUCAAUCCCAAUCCUACAACCAUUGGAGGUCUCUGGUAACAGCUCUGGUCACAGUGACGGUGUUUUAGAAGGAGCGAAGGGUCUGUCAAGUCUAAAGUCAUUCACAGUUCCUGGCACUGAAUCUACAUCUACAGAAGACCCAGUAUACUCUCAUGAGGAAAUUAUCCAUCCUCAACAGCUGACGCCAGAAACUGGUUUAGCUCUUGAGGUACUUCAACAAUCAUUCAAUAAUACCGAAUUGGAGAAAAAAGCUAGACUUCCUACCACAUCUGUGAUAGCACCAACUAUGGAAGAUGAGCAGACUCAACAUAGUUUGCCAACAACAGAGGGAGGAAAGGUUCAGUCUACUUCGAAGCCAUUAACAGUAUCAGGAACUGAAUGCGCAACUUCUACAAGUGACCCUUCAUUUUUUGAUGGGGAAACCAUCCAACCUCCGCAACAAUCAACCCAGGAAUCGGGUCUGGAGCCUGAGGAUCUUUGCCGUUCAUUGAGAAACUCAGAACGGGAACAAAACAAGCCUAUUGCUACAUCAAUGACAGUGACUACUACGGUAGAUGAGAAGCCUCAGCCUAGUUUGCCAAUAUCAGAGGGAGAAACAGCAUGGUUGUCAAAUACUUCUGAUGUAAUGCCGGACUCAGAAGUUGGAAAGUCUAAUGGCACAGUAAAGAAGAUCCCUCGUCCUAGAAAUCCCCUCAUUGAUGAUGUUACUGCUCAUGGCCAAAGCAAGUUGAAAAAGGCAAGUGAACGAAUUCAGCCUCAGACUGAACCAAAGGUAGACGAAAGAGAUUUAUUUCUGCAACAAAUUAGAACCAAGUCCUUCAACCUAAAGCCUGCAACUGUGACAAGAUCCACACCACGACCCAACAUUCAGGGUCAUAACCCGAACUUGAAGGUCAUCUCUCUCUUAGAGAAAAAAGCAAUUGCAAUCCGCCAGGCAUUUGCGGGAAGUGAUGAAGAUGAUGAUGACAGUUGGAGUGAUUCUUAAGAGAUUUUAUUCUACUUCAGAUUUUCACCCUACAGUUAGUCUUUAACUGGCUGGUGGAUUCUCUUACACCAGACUGGCGUUUCUGUAGCUUGUAUUAUACGACCCCCUCUCUUUCUGAAACGCCAUCUUUAGUCACUCAGCUCUAUUCGACAUUAAUCUAGUGCAAGGCAAAAUGCCUAUAUACAAGAAUGAAGCUGUCGCUCCGCGUGCAAGCGCACAAUCAGUUUCAAUCACCAUAUUGUUAAGAUCUUGGCAGCUGUAAAUUGUUUAAAGUGUUAUAAAAGUAGCAUGUAGCGUACUGAAAAUGAAAUUUUGUAAUGUUUGUAAUUUUGUAUGUAAUGGUUCUCUAGUGCAUAUACAUGUAUCCAUAUACUACGUAUCCGGUUCAUAUUCUUGGCUAAUUCUCACUUUCUAUGUCAAUUCCAACCAUUUCUUGC